AUGUACGCAACAAAAUAUUUCAGAUUACGAAAUAUAACCAGCAUAAUAUAUCGUACAUUCCUUGAUGCACAAAUGACUUUAGUACGUAUGAAUAUGCCGUUGAAUAGUGAUGGAACUGUCAUGUUCAAUGCAACACUUUUUGCUUUAGUUCGAACUAAUUUAAAAAUAAAAACUGAAGGUGCAGCAAUUGAUCAAUUAAAUGAAGAACUUCGUGCUGUAAUUAAAAAAAUAUGGAAAAGAACAAGUAAUAAAUUAUUAGAUCAACUUGUACCUCCUGCAGGUGGAAAUAAUGAUGUAACAGUUGGUAAAUUUUAUGCAACUUUUUUAAUACAAGAAUGGUUUCGUAGAUGGAAACAAAAAAAAGCUGAAGAACAAAAAGCUUUAUUACAUGGACAAGGAAAAAGACAUUCAAUCAUGCCAUUCAAAAGUUUUGGAAAACCUACAACUAGUUCUCUUGAAACACAAAAUACUUCAAUGAAUAUUUUAUUACCACCAUCUGAAGAAACAAGUAAACGUGGAAGUUCUGGUAGCCUUGGUGAUGGUGAUACGCAUCAUAGUUUGUUAGACUCAGUAAAAAAUGUUAUACAACGAGUAGGUAGUUCAAGACGUCAUUCAGAAGUUUCACAAUGUAAUGAACGUGAAAAAUUAUCACAGCCAUACAAACCUUCAUUAGAGUCAACGGAUAAAAAGUUACCAUUAAUUUCUAAUGAUCAUUUACAAUCAAAUCAAACAUCAAAAUUGAAUACAUCAAAAGUAUUGAUUCCUGAUUAUUUAAAUUCUACAUCACAAAGAAUAAUGCUACCAACAAUUAGUCAAGGUAGUCAUGAAGAUGAAGAUGUUGAUAAUGGUGGAAUUGGAGGUUUGAAUAAAAUAAUGGAAGGAAAUGCUAUACAUAUAGAGAAGUAUAAUACAACUAAUGACAAAUAUUAUUCUGUUCAUCCAAACAAAAGAAUUGAUAACGGAUAUAUAAUUGAUGAUACUCUACCACAGAAACAAUAUUCAAUAAAACCAGCUGAUUGGAAUAAUACUAUUUAUACGGCUAGAAAUAAUGUUACAAAUCGGUAA